CGCCUGAGGGUACCGUCGUCCAUGUGAAGGAAAUCAUUAUUUCAAGCCUAGUUAUUUUCGGACUCAUUGAUGCUUCCCUCAACUUUAAUUUCACGACCCAAGAAGGCCAAUCUCGAGAUGGAAAAGCUUUCUCUCUUUUUCAGGUUGUAAGAUUCCAGAACGGUCCUUGUCAAUCGGCUUCCAGAAUGGGCACAUGUUAUACAGCUUCAGAAUGUCAAGUGAGGAAUGGUGUUUCAUCUGGAAGCUGCGCCGGUGGGUUUGGAGUGUGUUGUGUAUUUACUUUGGGAUGUGGUCAGACAACCAGGGACGAUUGCACCUAUUUGUCCCGUACAGCUCCUACAGGACAAAACAACUGCCAAUACACCAUAUGCAAAUGCAGUACCAAUAUCUGCCGCAUCCGAUUUGACUUUUUGGCAUUUGACUUGGCUCAACCUAUCCUAGGGACAACUGUUUCAGAUAAUACUGUGGCAGCUUCCAGCAUAAAUGGUGGAGCCAUAGGCGAUUGUUUGACUGAUACAUUUUUGAUUACGUCUCCCGGAAACGUGUCACCUCCACAAAUUUGCGGCUUCAACACUGGACAACAUAUGAUUGUGGAUGCCAGCGACAGAUGUCAUGUGGCCUCAUUUAACUUGAGACGAGCUAGUUCAACUUAUGACAUCAAAGUCAGUCAAUACGUUUGCGGAGAUGAUAUGGCUGGGCCAGAUGGUUGUUUGCAAUAUUUCAUAGGAAAUACUGGAACCAUUGCCAGCUUUAAUUUUCCCACGCAAUCACCAACCGUGCCACUUUCGACUACUCAUUUGUCUAAUCAAUGCUACACGAUGUGCUUCCGAAGUGAAGAAGGAAAGUGUGCCAUAUGUUAUCAAGCAGUCGAUGUGGUUGGACAGGGAUCAUUUGGUUUGAGCAAGACUGUCGAGGCCAUAGUUGUGAGUGGCGAGAAUAAUAACGAUUGCUUUAUGGACUAUCUUAUGAUUCCUGGAGCUUUGAGGGACUCUAAUGUAGCGGGACAGCCAAUGUUCAUGGUUGGGAACAUUCCUGAUGGGCGUGAUUUCAGCAACCGAAUUUGUGGACGCUUUUUCCAUUUGUCCGCUCAACGUAACAAAAGAGUGAACAAUGAUGAGGCCAUUUGCUCGUCUCAAAGGCCGUUUCAAAUCACUUUCAAAACGGAUGAGGAUGAAAUUACUCUAAAAGCCACAAACAUGCCUGAUCAAAAUGAACAAUCCGGAAGUCCUGGUGGAAUUACCGGUUUUAACCUCAUGUGGACCCUUCAAGAUUGCUGAGAACCUGCAUCCUACCAUUUAGAGAUCCCGACAUUUCAUAUUGUACUCGAGACAAGCCAUAGGUUAUUGAAAUUGUGCUUCUAAUAUAAUGAUGUUGUCCAAAUUGCCUAGAUAGAUAAACACAUCUUCAAUAAAAGAACCUCCAUUUCUGGAAGCUUCA